UUCUCUCUCUGUCUAUUUCCUCCAUUAUUCCUUCCUUGCCCCCCUCUCUCUCUCUCUCUCUUCCUUAUACCCCACUCUACACUGUUAAACCUCGCUGCUAUAGUCUCUUCUGCACUGAAUGCGCCGUCCGAUUAGAGCAGACUAACUGCGAUGAAUCUCUCCGGCGCGAUUUCCGAUGCCGGCGAUUUCGUGUGGGAGCAGUUGGUGCUGAUAUGGGGGGAGAUUAAGGCCUUUAAAGUGCCAUUGAUAGCUCAAAUCCUCAACAUUGCUGUGCUCAUCUGCUUCGUGAUGACGACUCUGUUGUUCGUCGAGUGGGUGUAUAUGGGCGUCGUGAUAACCGUCGUCAAGCUGUUCCGCCGGACGCCGGAGAAACGGUUCAAAUGGCAGCCAUUAGAGGAGGAUGCCGAGCUCGGAAACGCUUCUUUCCCUAGGGUUCUGGUUCAGAUCCCAAUGUAUAACGAGAAAGAGGUGUAUAAGCUUUCAAUUGGAGCAGUAUGUGGACUUUCUUGGCCUUCCGACAGAAUCAUAGUCCAAGUUCUUGAUGAUUCAACAGAUCCCACUAUUAAGGAAAUGGUGGAGAUGGAGUGCCAAAAAUGGGCAAGCAGUGGAAUAAACAUAAAGUAUGAGAUUAGAGACAACAGAUAUGGGUAUAAAGCAGGAGCACUGAGUGAAGGGUUGAAGCAUUCUUAUGUGAGGGAAUGUGACUAUGUUGUAAUCUUUGAUGCUGAUUUUCAACCCGAACCUGAUUUCCUAAGGCGCACCAUCCCUUUUCUAGUCCAUAACCCCGACCUCGCCCUUGUUCAAGCUCGUUGGGAAUUCGUGAAUGCUGAUGAAUGCUUGAUGACAAGAAUGCAAGAAAUGUCUUUGAAUUUUCAUUUCACUGUGGAGCAAGAAGUUGGCUCUUCGGCCUACGCCUUUUUCUCCUUCAAUGGUACAGCGGGCGUUUGGAGAAUUGCUGCAAUCGACGAGGCAGGAGGAUGGAAUCACCGGACAACUGUUGAGGAUAUGGACUUGGCUGUUCGUGCUAGUCUCAAGGGCUGGAAAUUUUUAUACCUAGCUUCUCUCAGGGUGAAAAGUGAAUUACCUAGUACAUUUAAGGCACUAAGGUUUCAACAACAUAGAUGGUCAUGUGGCCCUGCAAAUCUUUUUAGAAAAAUGUUUGUGGAGAUACUGAGAAAUAAGAACGUAAAUUUCUGGAAGAAGAUUUAUAUAAUAUACAGCUUCUUCUUUGUAAGAAAGGUCAUAGCCCAUGUUGGAACUUUCGUGUUUUACUGUGUAAUAUUGCCUGCAACUUGUUUGGUGCCUGAUGUUGAUGUUCCGAAAUGGGGAACUGUUUACAUUCCAUCCAUCGUCACCAUUCUCAACAUCGUUGCAACUCCAAGGUCAUUUCACUUGUUGGCGUUUUGGAUCCUGUUUGAGAAUGUUAUGGCAGUACAUCGAGCUAAGGCUACCUUCGCGGGCUUGUUGGGGAUAGGCAGAGUGAAUGAAUGGGUUGUCACUGAGAAAUUAGGGGAAGCUCCAAAGUUGAAAGCAGCAACAGAAGCUCCUACAAAACCUCGUUUCAAGAUUACAGAAAGAAUGUACUUUUUAGAGCUAGCAAUGGGCGUGUAUCUCUUAAUUUGUGGAAGCUAUGAUCUUGUUUUUGGGAAGCGACAAUAUUGUUGGUACGUCUUACUUCAAGCAAUCGCUUUCUUUAUAGCGGGGUUCGGAUAUGUUGGCACAUUUGUUCCAAGCUCUUAGCAACUAAGUAACUGUAAGAAAUUGAGAUGUGAUCUCUGCAAUUUUGUUCAUUUUUUGUCAGAGCUCUUGCUCCAAAAACUUGUAAACCCAUUUAUUAGGGGAAUAUGUAGGGGGAAAGGAAGUUUAGGAAAAGGUAUCCAUUGCUUCUAAAGCACAUUGAUAGUAUGUAGCUUAGUUGUAAGUAGUAACUCAUUUACUAUUCUAUUUCACCUUGCCCCUCAGUAUUUCAUGGGGUUGUGAAAAUAUUUGUUCCUUAGGCUAUUCUUUGGCUUGCCCAUUUUGAAUAGUGAAAACAUUUGUUCCUUAGGCUA